AUGCGCUCCAAACCAUCUGAUUACCCGGCUCUUCCUUUCCAUGGAAUCCGUAUCCUUAACUUCUUAUCGUCCCUGAUAGUCGCUAUCAUCCUCGCCGUCUUUAUCUAUCAUCUCCACGCCGAUGGAUACAAAUUACCUUUCGCCUUUCUUAUUCUCCUCAUCGUCUCCCUCCUCUCCCUUCUAAAUGUCAUCUUCACAUCCCUCAUAAACUGCGCCUGCAGCCUCAACACCAAACUCUCCAUAAUCCUAAACUUCCUCAUUCUCCUCCUCUGGGCCCUCGGUCUGGCCCUCCUAAGCUACAACAUGGCCCACACAAUCCUGACCUCCUGCACAACCCAGUACUGGGGAAACUCGACCGGCGAAAACGUCUGCAGGAUGUACAAGGUCCUCUUCACUUUCACCAUCCUCGCUACAGCAUCCAACAUCGCGCUGCUGGCUCUAGACGGGAUCGUCCGUCGGCGCCAGAACAGAUUAGGCGCGUAUGGACUUGCGGGACCGGCUGAGGAUCAUAUGGAACUCAAGUUGGCUGGUGAGCGGGAUGCGGCUAGUGGUUAUGAGGCUGUGCCACCUGUUAUGACGGGUGGGUAUAGGCAUCAAAAUACUUCUUAUGCGCACACGCUUGAGCAGAGUCAUGCGGGUGAGGCGGCGGAGUAUUAUGAUGCGGCGCCGGGGAUGAGUAGACGGGGGCAGACAGGGUAUGAUCCUAUUAUGCAUCGGUGA